CUCCUGCCAAUGCCGCAUCUCCUUCGCUCUGCGCCGUUGCUUGAUCCAGUCGAGGCAUUCCAGCGCAAGUCGCGAUAUAGGCCUUCCCCGCGAGCUGUACCCCACUCUGCAUAAGCCAUCCGUUUCCAAUGCGCUCGGAGUGCCCUUGCAGGCAAUACUUCUGAGAUCCUUCGCUGAUCUGCCGGAUUAGUCGGGUCAAGGAUCUUCUAGUUUCCUUCGUUGUCUGAGUUACACAUCUUCCAUUCGAACUUGCUGAGUGACACUUGGCAGGUUUCGUACCUGCUGGCCCGUUAUUAUCCAGAAAGCCUUAGUCGUCGAGAGGACCAUGGCGUCGCGUGAGGAUCUACCAAGUGGGUCCGUGGCCGUCAUGUCAGAGGUGGAGGUCAUGUUCACCUUCAUUGCCUACGCCAUCCCGGUAGUGGCGAUGGUCUCAUACCACAAACGCAGCACCGAGUGGUACCACAAUCACAUGGCUGCAGCAUUCGGCCCUGACUGGAGAAACCACUCCCCAGUGGCUGGUUUACGAGCAGCCAAUGAAGAAGCGUCACGUGGCAAGAGGCUCCCCACCUUGCCAGAGCACCCAGAGGAAGAGCAAGAAGGGAAAGAGCAGCAGGAAGGCGCUGAGGGAGAGGAGGGAGAGAAGUCAGAGAAAGGGGAGGAGGGAAAGGAGAAGGGGCGGCAGCAAAAACACCAAGAGGGGCAAAAGGGGGAACAGGAGGCGAAGCAGGAAGGGAAAGGUAAAGGCGGCUUACGGCAGCAGCGAGUGAGUCACCGCUCGCUUUUCAACGUGAGGAAGCUGAGCAGCCCUGCUGUCUUCCUCCCUGCCAUCAUUGCCUGCCUGCUGGCCCUGCCUCUCGCCCUUGGCAGCGGGCUGAUAGGCUUCAUGCAUGGGGUGGUGUGGGGCCCACAGGAGGCUGUCACCGCUGCAGUCUACGGUGCUGCUGCUGGGGGACUGUACCCGUUUCAUCUGCUUGGAAUUCUCAGAGACCAAAGGCAUGCACAUGAAGAUUAGGAAGGUAGAUGAUCUCGCCUCCUGCCAAUGUGACUUCAGAAGGAAGGAUUCUUCUGUGGAAUCACCAGAUAAUUUAAUACGUACCUCUGUUAGUGGUACGGUACAUUGGUUGCCAGGCAUUUCUUUCAACACUGUGCAUCACGUU